CUGCCCCGGAAGCGGACGCGGACGCUGGGGCGCGCACGAGGCCGCAGGACGGGGUAAUCGGUGCUGCGGGAGCUGACGCUGCUCUGCCCUGGCCGGGGCCGCGCGGGACGAGCCAUGGAGUACAUGCCGCCGUCCGCGGCGCCCACCCAGGGGCACAUCCUGUGCUGCGAGUGCGGCGUGCCCGUGCCACCCAACCCUGCCAGCAUGUGCGUGGCCUGCCUGCGCGCCCGUGUGGACAUCACCGACGGCAUCCCCAAGCAGGCCAGCAUUCACUUCUGCAAGCAGUGCAGCAGGUAUCUUCAGCCUCCAGGAACUUGGAUCCAAUGUGCCUUAGAAUCAAGAGAACUUCUUACUUUGUGUCUUAAAAAAAUCAAAGCCUCCCUUAGCAAGGUCCGGCUGAUUGAUGCAGGCUUUGUUUGGACUGAACCCCACUCUAAGAGACUUAAAGUAAAGCUAACUGUGCAAAAAGAGGUUAUGAAUGGAGCAAUUCUUCAGCAGGUGUUUGUGGUGGAAUAUGUUGUUCAUUCUCAAAUGUGUGAUGACUGCCAUAGAGUUGAAGCUAAGGACUUCUGGAAAGCAGUAGUUCAAGUCAGACAGAAGACUUCUCACAAAAAGACUUUCUUCUAUUUGGAGCAGUUGAUUUUAAAGCACAGACUUCAUCAAAACACUCUUCGCAUUAAAGAGAUUCAUGAUGGCCUGGAUUUUUAUUAUGCUUCAAAACAGCAUGCCCAGAAGAUGGUAGACUUUCUUCACUGUACAGUUCCUGCCAGAUCAAAAUCAUCCCAGCGUUUGAUUUCUCAUGAUAUCCAUAGCAAUGUCUACAAUUACAAAAGUACUUUCUCCGUGGAGAUUGUUCCAAUAUGCAAGGACAAUGUAGUAUGUUUGUCACCCAAAUUAGCACAAAGCCUGGGGAACAUGAGCCAGAUUUGUGUGUGCAUCAGAGUGACAAGUACCAUUCACCUCAUUGAUCCCAACACUCUGCAGAUUGCUGACAUUGAUGGAAAUACUUACUGGCGUCAUCCUUUCAAUAGCUUGUUCCACCCAAAGCAGCUGGAGGAGUUUAUUGUUAUGGAUAUCAGCAGAGUCCAAGAAAGGAAACUAGGUGCAGGUGCAGGGAUGAGAUCGAACAAACAUACUCUGGCUGAAGCCUGGGUAAAGAAGACAUCAGAGAUGAAUACAGAUCAUCAGUAUUUCUGCCGCACCCAUUUGGGACACCUUCUAAAUCCUGGGGACCUAGUUUUGGGAUUCGACUUGGCCAAUUGUAACCUAAAUGAUGAAUUUGCAAAUAAAAUGAAUCCACAUGAUGUCCCAGAUGUGGUAUUAAUAAAGAAGAGUUAUGACCGUAGUAAACGCCAGCAUCGCAGGAACUGGAAACUGAAAGAGCUGGAAAGGGAUAGAGAAGGCAUGGAUACAGAUGAUGAAAGACAGUACCAGGACUUCCUUGAAGAUCUUGAAGAAGAUGAAGCAAUUCGAAGGAAUGUCAAUAUUUAUAAAAGUACACACAUUCCGGUGGAGAGUGACACAGAUGAUGAUGGUGCUCCACGGAUCAGUCUGGCUGAGAUGCUAGAGGAUCUCCAUAUCUUCCAGGAUGCAACUGGUGGGGAAGGUGCUGAUAUGAUGACAUAAUAAGAACGUGUAUUCAUAAAAGCAGUAAAGUUCCCUCCCUUGAGGGAAGAAAUAUCCAGUAUUUAAAUAAAUGCUAUGAACUGCAAAGCUAACUAUAAGCAUGUAUAUGAUCUCAUGAAUGGGCAGUUAUACACAUAUAUCUUGCUGUAUCCUAAAUCAGCUUAUUUUAUGGAUAUGAUAGUCAGAAUCGUCCUGGGGAUCAGCAUUCCUUAGUGGUAAACUGCUGAUGUAGGCAUCACAACGUUAAACGAGGAUAUGCUUUGAAAGUGUCGCUCACCACUCAUGUAACUUCUGUAGUGUGGAAACGAAGUGACAAACUGAAGAAAGGAUUGUCUUGUGGUUAAGGAAAAGAACUAGGAAUGGAAAGAUCAAGGUUCUGUUGCUGGUUGUUAGACUUCCUGUCUCGCUUAAUCUUUUUCUGCCACCACUCUUAAGUUUCCUUACCUGUAAAAUAGGAAUAUUAUCCUACUUCACAGGAGAGUUGUUGUCAGGGUAUUUUUUUUUAAUCCUUUCUAGACCUUCAAGUAGAAUAUACUAAAUACAUCUGUAUUACAUAUUUUUAAACUUAUGUGGGUGGCUUCCCUUCCUUUAGCAAGGCUAGGGAUAAAUGGCAAUUGCAUAAAAAUCUCCUAAAUGAAUAUAUUAACUCACCCGCCUGAGUUAUUAAAUAAAUGCUUGAACUGCUAAGCUAACUAAAGCAUGUAUUAACUCAGCUGCCAUUAACUCUGUCCUCUCUAUAUCAAAGAUUGGGCAUCCCUGCUCAGUAUAAUACAUACUGCCCAAUUCGGAAUGUCAGUGUAAGUGAGUGAGAGCAAUAUGAAUAAACUACCUAGAUCCUUAUACUUAAAACUGGUAGAUAUAUGAAAGCCUUUAACAUCCAGUAAAUGUAUGACUUCAUUGGAUGGGAAAUGAGGAUAAGAAUGUAUAAAAUGCAAAACCUGUAAUGCCACUUUCCCUUUAACUUUUCUGAAAAGGAUGAUUCAGAGUAACUGGGAAGGGCCAUAAGGAGACAUCCACUCAGAACAUUUGAAAGAAAAGGUCAAAAGUUAGAAAAAGCUGCAUUGGGCUUCAAGAUAAGGUGAAGAUAUACCCAGUGGCACUGGUAUUAAAUAUCGUUGGUGCCUAGGGGCUUGAACCAAUUCCAGUUGAAGUCAAUGGCAGUCUCCAAAAGUGGGAUUAGGCUUGAUUCUUUUCUGAAUUAUUCUUCAUAAUGUUGUAAUUUGUUUAAGUUCAUCUUAGUAUUGUCCAUUUGUACUCAAAAAAAGAUGAUUUGUCAGGCAUUUUUAUGUAGCUAAGCUUGGGGGGUUGCAUCUUGGCACUGAACAAGAGUGGCACACAAAGGGAUCACUCUAUUAUUUUGCAUCUGUGUUACACUGACCUGAUGAUCUACAUCCUCUUUCAGGAGGUUUGUCAAUAUUUUACACCAUAUGGAAUAGCAUUUAAAAAACCAAAAUCCAUAAGGCUGCUUUGAUCCCCAGUCGCACUUCAUGCCAUAAGGUCCAAAAUAGAAAAUUCAUUAAAACAAUGUUUUUACAGUUUUUUUUCAUGAGAGUGCAGCUAUGUAGCCAAAGUGAAUUAUCACUGUCAUAAAUAUGGAUUUUAUUAUACAGACUUUACUAUUGUGGGGAAAAUGAUGUAGGAACUUGGCCAUAAAAAUAUGCUGGAGAUGCAACUUUGUAUGGACAUUUGUUUCUGGAAUUCUAACUUAAAAUUUGAAUUAAUUUGUUCUCUACCUGACUGAGGUAUAUUUUGGGCUGUACUGUGCUCACAUGUUUAAAGGAGUUAACAUGCCCAAUCCUUCCUUAAAUAGAUGACAAAUGCAAGAGGUGAGUUGUGUAAUGACAGCUACAGUGUUUGUAAUAAACCUAGUUCUCCUAUGA